AUGACUGGGUCGUCAUUACCAAGACAUACAUAUUCCACAACAAAGGCUGCUGAAGCGACCAAAUCCGCUACAGAACAACAACCCCAAGGAGGAACCGACAAGUUGGAUCCUUCACAAGAAGAAGACGACGCUGUUAACAAAGACGUACAACAACCUUCGCCAUCGCCGGAUACAGACACAGGAUCAUUGAUUACUGAUACUAAGGAUCCGAAUAACACCAAUACACCGACACCAUAA